CUGGAUGUGGUGCCAUGGUCUGGGUGACAACAUGGUGGUGGGUCACGGGUUGGACCGGGCGAUCUCAGAGGUCUUUUCCAACCUGUGAUUCCGUGAUUCUCCUCUUUCCCACCCACAGCCACCAGAGGACCUUUGUCCUGGAGGUGAUGGGGCGUCACUGCGGGUACCUGGCCCUCAUCACCGCCCUGGCCUGCGGGGCUGACUGGGUCUUCAUCCCUGAGUCCCCCCCCGAGGACGACUGGGAGGACCAUCUGUGUCGGAGGCUGACGGAGACCCGGGACGGCGGCUCCCGGCUGAACAUCAUCAUCGUGGCCGAGGGGGCCAUCGACAAGCACGGCAAGGCCAUCACGUCCGACGACAUCAAAUCCGUGAGUCUGGGGGGGGAAAGGCCCUU